UGCCCCUUCCUCACCACAGAGGUUCCUGAGGUGACUGUGUUUCCCAAGUCUCCUGUGACACUGGGUCAGCCCAACACCCUCAUCUGCCUUGUGGACAACAUCUUUCCUCCUGUGAUCGAUGUCACAUGGUUGAAGAAUAGACUCUCAGUCACAGAAGGUGUUUCUGAAACCAGCUUCCUCGCCAAAAAGGAUCAUUCCUUCUAUAAGAUAAGUUACCUCACCUUCCUGCCUUCUGCUGAUGAUAUUUAUGACUGCAAGGUGGAGCACUGGGGCCUGGACGAGCCGCUUCUCAAACACUGGGAACCUCAGGUCCCAAUCCCUAUGUCGGAGCUGACAGAGACUAUGGUCUGUGGCCUGGGACUGGCCAUGGGCCUUGUGGGCAUCGUGGUGGGCACUGUCUUCAUUCUCCAAGGCCUGAGCUCAAGUGGUGCCUCUGGACAUCAAGGGCCUUUGUGAGCCGCACCCUAGGAAGGAAGGUACAAUGCCUGCCCACCUCCAACGCAGAAGAGUGAACCUGAUGGAUGACCUGGCACUAUUUCCUGGCCCAGUUCAUCAUAUUCCUACUCUAACUCUCCUCCUCUCAUCUCUUCCCUGGGACUUGGGGUGCUAUAGCCUCUGAGAGUUGGAAACCUGCCUUUGACCACCUGAUUUUUUUUCUUUUCUCAGUUGUUACCUACAGUGAGAUCUCUGGGAUACUCCACUCAGUUACCUGAUCCCUUGUGCCCCUGAUCCAAUAUUCCUUUGGAAACAAUAAAUUUCCCUUUAUGAGAUCUUUUA